GGAGCGGAGCUGGGGGUGCUCACUCAGAGAGAGCUGUUUGCGGGCAGGGAACCCCUGAGGCCGGGAGAUGGCAUCAAAAGAGCAGGCGGAGGGCCUGAGCAAGUACCUGCGGUGUGGCCUGUGCCAGGAGCUGUUCCAGCAGCCGGUCAUCCUGGAGUGCGGACACAACUUCUGCCGGGGCUGCAUCCAGAGCGAGUGGCAGAAAGGAGAAGGGGGCGGUUGCUGCCCUGAGUGUCUAACCCUGUCCCGGGGCAGCAGCGUCAAACUGAACAGGGCCCUGGCCAACCUGGCCGACAAGCUGAGGAACCUGAAGCCGUCCCUGGAGCUCGCUCCGUGGGCGGAGAGUCCGGCAGGAGAGGGUGGGCUCGGGCUGUAUUGCAGCGAGCACCGAGAGGAACUCAAACUGUUCUGUGAGACUGACCGACAGCUGAUCUGUGUGAUGUGCCUGGAUGGCAGAGGGGGUCACAGUCACAAGUACCACGACUUCAUGCUCAUCCAUGAAGCUGUCGUCAAAUACAAGGAAAGACUGAAGACAUCCCUGGACAAGCUGAGACAGAAGAUCAUGGUCCUUGAAGCAAAGUUGAAAGAGAAGCAGAGUAUUUCAGAAAUCGGAGAGAAAUCAGUCAGUCUGCAGAACCUUAUCUCAUCCGAAUUUGCUAAAAUGCACCAGUUCCUCAACAGAAAAGAAGACAGUUUGAUUCGAGAGCUGAAGGACCAUGAAGACAACCUUUCAGGAGCAAUGGAAAAGAACCUUCAAGAGAUAAAAGGGCAUUUAGAUUCUGUUCGGCGGAAACUAUCACGAUUACACACAAAAAUGGACCAGCAAGCAUCAAUCAACUUCUUGGAGGAAGAAGCUUGGGGACAAAAGAGUGAAGACAGUCACCGUAUAUUAACCAGUGAAAAUCAGCAUCUGGGACUGUUCAAAGGACCAUUACAGUACACAGUUUGGAGAGAAAUGAUUAAUGUUAUCUGCCCGGUUCCAACCUGUUUGACUUUGGAUCCUAACACAGCACAUUCCUGGCUCAUCCUGUCUGAUGACCUGACCAGCGUAAGAUAUGGAGACAAGGGGCAGUCUCUCCCUGAGACACCCGAGAGGUUUUACCCCUGUGUGUGUGUUCUGGCGUCAGAGGGAUUCACAUCUGGCAAACACUACUGGGAGGUUGAGGUGGGAAACAGUGCUGAGUGGGAUCUCGGAGUGGUGACGGAAUCCAUCAACAGGAAAGGAGAUAUCACGGCCAUGCCAGAGGCUGGUUACUGGAUCGUGUGGCUGAGAAGGAGUGAGUAUAAAGCUGGCACAUUGCCACGUACCCUCCUGACCGUGGGCAUCAAGCCCCGGAAGAUCGGGGUCUACCUGGACUACGAGGAGGGGCAAGUGUCAUUUUACAAUGCUGACAACAUGUUGCACCUCCACACCUUCAGCGAUAUCUUCACAGAGAAACUUUACCCUUUCUUCAGUCCUUGCUUGAGUGGUCAUGGGGAGAACACAGAACCACUCAAAAUCUGCUCCAUGAAAGAUUUAUUUCAUUAACUGAAUUUAAGUUUCUCCCAACUGCCUGUGGUGAGAUUUGAACAGAUCUCUCUGGGUUAUUGGUCCGGAACCUCUUAGUUACUAAUCCGGUAUCAGAGCCGCUACCAUGCCCUUUGCUGAGCCAGAUGUGAAUCCCAGAACACUUUGAAGAACAUGUUUACCUUCCUUGCUGAUUUCUGGCUCGGUGUCCUUUCCCUUUUUUGCCUGUCACUGGGGACUUGUUAAAAUCAAACUUUGAAGUUGGAAGUUAAAAGCUUGAGGAACCAACUGGACACAGGGCAAUAUUGCUGUGCUGAACACAAUGGACAGAGUCUGACUACACACAGGGCUGGAUUAUUGUGCUGAAAAUAAUGUCAGAAAUAACACAACACCAGGUUAUAGACCAACAGGUUUAUUUGAAGCACAAGCUUUCGGAGCCUUAGUCCUUCUUCAGGUUUCAGAGAGAGAGGUAGUAUCAGACACAGAAUUUACAAGUGAAAGAUUACCUUUGACAACGAGUUCUUCGUCCAGACACAGGGAACAGCCAUUGGGACCAGAUUUGCUCGCCAAAAUGUCAACAUUUUCAUGCACAGGUUUGAGCAAGACUUUGCUGUACAGAACCUCUGACCAACGCUAUACACCAGAUACAUUGACAUUGGCAUUUUUUUUCCUUUGGACUCAUGGUGAGGAAUCACUGAAACAACUUCAUAGCAAUAUCAGACUUACCAUGGACUACUCUUUAGAAUCAGUCUCAUUCUUGGACACAUGCAUCUCCAUCAAAGAUAGUCACCUCAGCACAUCACUACCGCAAGCCUACAGAUAACCUCAUGAUGCUGUACUUCUCUAGCUUCUACCUGAAACAUAUUAAAACAGCCAUCACCUAUAAAGAAGCCCUACACACACAGAGAAUCUGUUCGGAUGAGGAGGAACGAGACCAACACCUGAAGGUAUUGAAAGAUGCCCUGAUAGGAACAGGAUAUGAUCUUAACUCAUCGAUCGCCAGUUCCAACGUGCCACAGCAAGAAAUCAUAAUGACGCCCUCAGAAGACAGACACGGUAUACAUCCGAUAGGGUACCCUUCGUCAUCCAGUGCUGCGUGGGAGAGGAGAGACUAUGCCAUGUUCUUCACAGCCUUUAACAAAUUAUCAAUGACAAUGAGCACCUCAGCAAGAUCCUCCCCAAACCUCCACUUCACACCUUCAAACAACUGCCAAACCUUAAACAGACCAUUGUUCACUACCCAGCAAACUACCUGGCUUCAGGACAACAUCGAUCAUAGUACUAUACAACCCUGCUUUGGUAACCUCUGCAAGACAUGUCAGAUCUUCAACAUAGACACUGCUAUCACAUAUGGGAACACCACCCACCCACAUGCAUGGCAGUUACUCAUGUGACUUGGCCAACGUUGUCUGUCUCGUAGAUUGCUGGCCAGAAUGGCCCGAGGCAUGGUACAUUGGCAAAAUUGUGCAGAUGCCACAAAACAGAUGAAUGGACAAUGUGCAAUAAUCGCCAGACAAGAGUUCCCUCCCAGUGAGGGCAUAUGUCAGCAAUCAAGGGCAUUUGGUCUCAGACCUUUGGAUAAACAUCCUCUAAGGCAGACUUCAAGAUACACAGUAACACAAGAGUCACUGAGCAGAGGCUGUUAGCCAAGUCCCGUAUCCACAAGGAUGGCCUCAACCAGGAUCUUGGGCUCAUGUCAUGCUAUAGGUGACCCCACCACAUGAUACACUCUCAAACAGAUCCUCUCUCAUACACACACUCUCUCUGUCUCUCUCUACACUCCCCCAACACACAGACACUCACACACAUACAUACUGCCUAACCCCCAAUCUCUCUCUUAGACAUGGACACACACACACACACACACAUCUAUGUGGUGAAUUUGUAUUUACAGAUACAUUUUAUUUUGUUCAUAAAACACACAAUUUAUAGACAGUCAAUCAAUAAAGUGUUUUAUAAACUCCUGCUUUAGAAAUAAAACCAGUCUGACUCCAAACUAAAACGCAGACAGAUUCUAAACAAGGUCUCACACCGAAUAUAUAUUGUCUGACCUAAAAUGUCACCUCUUCUUUACGUUGAUUAAACCUUUAGUCCUCUCAGGACUGUGAUUUGAAAGGAAUUCACAGAUUUACAUAUUAAUUAUAAUCAUUUAAAGCCUUCUAAUUGAUUAAAGAGUUAAGAGCAUCUUAGGUUUGUUUAGUGCAUCCUCAUCAAUGGUGUGUGAACCUUUGAUCUUUUACUUAUAAAUUCUGUGGGUGAUACUAAAUCUCUCACUGACACCUGAAGAAGGACAGAGGCUCCGAAAGUUUGUGUUUUCAAAUAAACCUGUUGGACUAUAACCUGGUGUUGUGUGAUUUAUGACUUGGCCCACCCCAGUCCUACACAGACACCUCCACAUCCUGAAAACGAUAGACAGAGUCUGACUGUACUUUGCUAUGUUACUGUGGUGAAAACAAUGGACAGAGUCUCACUGGACACAGGAUGAUAUUUCUGUGCUGAACACAAUGGACUGAGUGUGACUCUACACUGGGCUAUAUUACUGUACUGAACAGAAUGGACACAGCCCUAUUACUGUGCUGAAACAAUAGACAGAGUGUGACUAGGUAGGGCUGUAUUACCGCUCUGAACACAAUGGACAGAGUGUGACUGUACGUGGGGCUAUAUUACUGCGCUGAACACAAUAGACUGAAUGUGACUCACUAGAAAGGUAGAAUCUUCCACAGCCAAAAAUAAAAUCAACCAGCCAGAAACCCUUCCACAGAACAUGGUAUAUGUUAAAUAAUUUGGGUAGCACUUUAUUUGUACUAAAAUGUUAAAUAUCCUGACAUUUACAGCUAAUGACAUACUUCUGUGCAGUCCCUGCUGUAAUAUAGGAAAUAUGGCAGUCAAUUUGAACACAACAAAGGCCAACAUUCAAUGACAAAAUAGUGAAUUUUUUUAAGAGGGUUUGACUGCAGACUAAAUAUUGUCCAGGGUAGCUGGUGAUAACUCCAGCUAAUAUUCCAACAUAUUCUGCAAUAUAUUCCACAUAUUCCUAUAUGUGACCUUCCAAAGCUUUGUGUUUGACAUGAGGCCUGAAACCAAUGUUGUUGUCAAUGUCAGAACUGUACUGCUGUCCAGCUUAGAUUCUAACUUGACAACGUACAGUAGAAAAACACAUGGAAACUGCAUUACAGACUCCCAUAACAUUACCAAAUUCAGUAGCAUAAGGAACCAUUAGAGUACCAGUACAAAGGAGAUCUCAAACAAGUGACAGUGCUCACUCAACAUCACAUUGGCAGGAGCAUCAACUUCACUUGUAUCGUCAAUCUCUGGAAUUCACCUACUAAGGCUUCAGAGAUGAGGAGAUGUCAAAAUUCCAUGAAGAGAAGCAUCCAGGAAGAAGGAUACAAAAUGCCUAGAUUUGCAGGAGCUAUAACUUAGAGAGUAUGGAUCUGUUCUGUCCAGAAUCAUUGAUUUGAAUGAAAAGCAUCCAGUCCACUCCAAACUUCUCAUAUUCUGGCCUUUUUGUCCAAUUUGAGCAUCUCUGAUUCUGCCAAUGAUGAUACAUCGGAAUGUCAAUAGCAUCUAAGGAUAUUCAAAGCAGUCAUUCCUUCAAGAGUUUGUGGAAUGAGUGAUUUUCAGAGUGAAAUAUUGAUUGGAACAGAAGAGAGGUUUUAAAGUGUUGGCACAGGAAUAAUGAGCUGGAAGGCUUGUUUCUGCACUGUCAAAUUCUCCCAAUUGGAGUGAUAGUGAGAAACAGUCCAUCUGAUGAUUUAAAAAAAGCCUUGGUUCCUAUUUUCCUCAUUUCCUAUUCCGUCAAAAUUGACCCAAACAGAAACUGUAACACCAAUGUCAAGAUUUCCUUAAACCCCGACCAGAUGCCAAUGUUUGCUCAGAGGACCAUGUCUGUUUUGUAUUUUACUUUCAAUCAUUUCCUUCUCUGUUUAUCUUUUCCUUAAUAAAAGCUACAAAUAAACAUUUUGCUGAA